UGGUGUGAGGAGGGUGGAGGCAGCAGUGUGAGGAGGGUGGAGGCAGCAGUGUGAGGAGGGUGGAGGCAGCAGUGUGAGGAGGGUGGAGGCAGCAGCGGCCACAGUGAGGCAGGAUGGCGGACGAGGCGUUAAUGUCGGCGGCUUUGGCCAGGUCUCAGUCCUUCCACACCUUCAACACCCCUCACACCGCCCUCAACAAGUACGGCAACAAUUUAGAAUGUCGAGUCUGUGAAGAUGGGUUCAGUCUGGGAGGAGAUAAAGUACCUCGUCUCCUGUUUUGUGGCCAUACACUCUGCCAUGCCUGCCUGCUUCGGCUACCUACACAUGACAACAAUAUUCAUUGCCCAUUUGACCGACAGCCCACCCCUAUAGGUGCAUCAGGUGUAUGGGGCCUGAAGAAAAAUUUUGCUCUUCUGGAACUAUUGGAGAGACUUUCGUUAUCUCGAUCUGAUGCUGUACUCCUACCCGAAGUCCUCAUAAAGCAGCGUGAGCUUGGUAUAUCUUGUGAUGAAGAUGAAGACCACUUAGCUGUAGUCUAUUGCACAGUAUGUGCAUCCCACCUAUGCCUCGAGUGCUCCGAGCGCACCCACUCCACAAGAACACUUCACAAGCAUAAACGCAUCCCUUUAUCUGAAAAACCUCGUGAGAAACCGAGAUGUGCUGAUCAUUCUUUUCACCCAGUGGAGUUUGUAUGCCUAGAAGAAGGGUGUCAAGCAGCCCCACUAAUGUGUUUCAUCUGCAAAGAUUACAAACAUACUAAACAUAAGCAUAUCUUAUUAGAACAGGAAGCUGAGAGGAUCCGUUCAAGCAUUAAUACAGCCAUACAGAAUAUAAAGAGAGUAGCUCAAGAGCUGACUGACUCGGCUCAUAAGUUAGAGAGUGUAGCUCGACAGUUAGAAGGUGCUUCUAAUGAUGGAGGGCCAGCUGAAGUUGACACAGGUGGAACUGCAGCGGAGGCACGAGCACGUGUCAGUCAGUAUUUUGCACAGCUCAGGGACCAGCUUAACCGACAGGAAACGCAAGCAAUGACUGUCUUAGAUGCACAUGUUCGUGAAAGGUUAUGCUCUAUUCGCCAGCAACAAGAAGACAUGACUACACUAUUAUCUCAGAUGGUGGCUGUGGUGGUUGACGGAGAGCGUGCCAUUCAACAAGAUGAUGGGCGGCUGAUCGUGGCUUCUCAGGACCUCUCGGCUAGACUGGCUCACGUUACUUCUCAGGAGCAGCAGUUGGCUCAGCUAGCAUCACUAGUUCCAGAUCCUGCCAUACCUAUUACAUUUACCAAGGAUAAUCGUAUUCACAUUGGAGCCAGAAUUGAAAUGCGUGUUGUAACUCUUGGUCUGGAUGGUGCAGGCAAGACAUCCAUUCUUUUUAAAUUGAAACAGGAUGAGUUUGUUUCAACGAUACCCACUAUUGGUUUCAAUGUUGAAACCAUUGAAUACAAAAACUUUAAGUUUACAGUGUGGGAUGUUGGUGGUCAACCCAAGCUGCGACCUCUCUGGCGACACUAUUACUUCAACACUCAAGCUGUCAUAUUUGUUGUGGAUGCCACAGAUGUCGACAGACUUCUCGAGGCUCAGUCAGAACUCACAAAGCUUAUGACAGAACGUGAAUUAAAGGAUGCUUCACUUCUUAUCUUCGCUAAUAAGGAAAACUGUGAGCAUGCAUUGGGAAUGGCAGCCUUGACUGACAGCCUGGGUGUUCACAAGUUGUGUCUUGGGCGAUCAUGGCACAUCCAGCCAUGUGAUGCCCAAUCAGGAACUGGUUUACAUCAGGGUCUAGACUGGCUAGCACAGCAGUUGGUACCCUCAGAAGUUCUAAACUCUGCUGUGUGAUCCUAUUUUUCCCUUAAAAUAUGAAAAAUAUAACAUUUUAUUAAAUGGUAAACAAAUUUAGUAUAGACCAUUUUAAUGUAUUUUCAGAAAAGAAAUAGUUUAGCGAGUAUAUGGCUGAAAUUGAUUUGUAUAAUGUAUUCAUAGACAGAUGAAGUUUGAAGAAAACUAUGAGCAAAGCUCUGGAGGCUUCAGUGGGUUUAGCCAUAACAUAUGAACUUGCAUACAAUACAAAACUAAAAUUGUGCAGAAAAUUUAAAAAUAUUUAAAUUUCUUACAGUAUUUUUAAUAAGCGAUAGUUUGUUAACACGAGAGCAUUAUACAGUACAAUAUAUGAAGUUUCAAGUGCUGUAUUCGGUUACGAAAUAUUUAAUUUUUUCCUUAAUAUUAUUGUAUAAUAUUACUACAGCAAGACACAAACUUGUAGCUUUAUAAGCAAUGUUAUUCUUAUUGCUUUGACAUUCGUACUAUACAUGUAGCAGAUUUAAUAUUUAAAUUGCCAUAGGAAUGAGGAAUCAUAUUCUAGGUUGAAUAUCAUUACGUAAAAAUAACUAGACGGUAUUUAUCACCAAAAAUUUUCUGCAAUUCAAUUUUAUGCAAUUUCAUUAUGUUAAGUAAAGCAAUAAUUGCACCACACACACACACAACUAGGUGAGUACACACACACACAACUAGGUGAGUACACACACACACACACACACACACACACA